AUGUUAUCUAGUGGAUCAAAAUCAUCCUCAAAGACUCCUAUCUUAUUCGAUAUUAGAAUAAAAAAUACUGAUAAUACUGAUAAUGUCUUGGUGGUGAAAGGUAGUCCCGAAAACUCGUCAUCUGUCUUAUUAUCAGGAACAGUGGUGUUAUCAGUAUUACAACCAAUUCAAAUUAAAAAUUUAAGAUUAUACUUAACCGGGAAACUUUUACUUAAUUUGCCUGCCACUGCAAAUACUCCAGAUUCUCCUUUACAACGAUUUAUUAAAUUUGAAAAAUUGUUUUUCACACAUAAUUGGGAUAACUUUAAUGUGGAAUCAUAUUUUGAUAACCUUUAUGAUAAUUAUGGUACGAGAAAUUCAAUUAAUAGUAAAUCUUCAACAAAUAUUGUGGGUAUGCAAAAGAAAAGAUUAAGAAGUAAAUCAAAUAGUUCGAUUCUUUCAUUAGGUGGACAUUCAACAAAUAAUAAUAAUUCUUAUCGUACGUUAAUGCAAGGAAAUUAUGAAUUCCCUUUCAGCGCAAUUUUACCAGGUUCAAUGACAGAAAGUUUGGAAGGUUUAAAAAAUGCAGCUGUUGUUUAUAAAUUACAAGCUACUGUGGAAAGACCAAAAUUGGCAGAUUUAGUAUGUACAAAACAUUUAAGAGUCAUAAGGACUUUAUCCCCAGAUGCAUUGGAAUUAUCAGAAAGUACAGCAAUAGAUAAUUCAUGGCCAAAAAAAGUAGAAUAUUCAAUAUCUAUACCGGCAAAGGCUAUUGCCAUUGGUUCUUCGACUCCAAUAUAUAUGAGUUUUGUUCCAGUGUUGAAAGGUUUGAAAUUAGGACCUGUCAAAAUUUAUUUGAUUGAAACAGUUCAAUGUUCAGCAGGUCAUCGUGGUAAUUUUAAUGAGGACAAAGUAAUCACAAAAUUGAAGAUAAAGGAUCCAAUAGGUCACGUUAAGUUACGUAAAUUGAAACAACAACAACAACAACAAACAAAUAAUGAACUCGUUUCUUCGGACGAACCAAUAGAAGAUGAAACUUUCCAAGAUAAAUGGAAUUUCGAAACUAUAUUAAAUGUACCUUCGGAUCUUUCAAAAUGUUCACAAGAUGCUUCAAUUCUAAGUAAUAUCAAAUUACGUCAUAAGUUAAAAUUUGUAGUAUCUUUGAUUAAUCCAGAUGGUCAUAUUUCAGAAUUACGUGCAUCAUUGCCAAUUCAAUUGUUUAUAUCACCGUUCGUGGCUGUGUCAUGUAAAUCACAUGAAGCAAUAGAAAGAACUAUUAAAAACUUUGGUAGACCAGUCCCAACAAAUCCUAAACAUGAGGAUACGGGUAUUGGUUCAACUAGAGAAUCUGUAGCCAGUCUUUCUUCAAAUAGUAGUGCGAGUGAUAACGAACAAGGAAACUUAUUAUUUGCCAAAACUUAUUCAGAGGUGGAACUGCAGGCAGGAACACUACAGAAUAAUGUUGUUGCGCCAUUCCUUGUAUCAAAUCUGAUGACUCCGCCCAAUUAUGGUAAUCAUGUAUACGAUAGAUUGUACGCAGUCAACGAAAAUGGGUCUGGCACUGUCACACCAAGAAGUAAUAGUCCGGUUCGACCAACGACAACCCCUUUACCAAGAGUAGGAUCCUUGCCAAAUAAUGUUGUUCAUAUGGCCCAGUUUGAACAAAUGUCACCUCAAUUGAACGGGAGUAGAUCUAAUUCCAAUAGAAGUAGCACUAGAGGAAGUCCGGUCAAUGAUAAUUUCGCUUUGGAGAGCCCAAUUGCAGUUCCAACGCUAAGUAGUGUAAAUCUAGCUGGCAUCGGGUUGCAAAUUAGUCGAGCACCUACUCCCGUAGACUUUGUUGCAGGACAGACAACUUUUCAUAACGAUUCUACUUAUCCAACUUCACCUUCGGUAAAUUCCGAUUGGCAAUUGAAUUCGUUAAGUAGAGUUCCUUCUUAUACAAAGGCACUUAAUUCAGAUAUCACAGGGGAUGAUCUUCCACCAACAUAUCCAGCUGGCUCACAACCACAACUUCAGAGACUAUCUCUUGAAAGGCCACAGAAUGCUCGUCAACGGUCUUCUUCCUCCUUAGCUGUACCAAGUAAUCGCUUGAGAUCAUCUAGUGUAUUAAGUAGAAGUAAUAACAGUUCAAAUACAUCAUUGCACGCAAUGAUAGCUAAUGAUGUAAACUUAAGGAUACCGGGUAUGGAUAACUCUACUCCAAAAAGCACUGCAAAUAAAGUCUUUUCCUUUAAUAUGACUCCAGUUCAAUCAGAUCAAGCGGCUUUUCCAACAGUUGAUAGAAAUUGUACAGAAGAUCCGGACUCACCAUAUAUGCAACAGGUGGAAUCAUUCAAAAUAAAUAGAUCAAGGAACGGUAGCUUCAAUAAAAAGACGUCAUCGUUUUCUAAUUUCCUAGACUUGUUUUCAAGAAAGGAAUCUGGUACAUACUAA